GCUUCCAUCGCAAAAGAAUUUACGCAAACAUUCCUGGAAUCCGAGAAGCAAUUUCGCAUACGAGGAAUGUUUGCUAAUGCGACACGCGACCUGCUAUGGGGUAGGUGCAUUUUCUAGAGAUCUCUCCCAGGCCUCGAUGCGCCACGGGCCUAUAAAAGAAAGGCUUGCUGGGCUACUAACUGCAGGACUCGAAACUUUACACUCCACGCACAUUAUCUACCGCACUUUGUGUUGUACAGUCUCGAACAAUGUCGACCGUCUUUGUCAGAAACUUGAUUUUUCAGUCAAAUGACCUCGGAAAGCAGUCGGAUCUUCUGCUCACUUUCAAUGGCCCGGUGCCUGGCGUGGGCGACCACUCCCCCGUAGUCUGGAGGGUCAGCACAUUCGGAGACGAGGGCCCGUAUCAGAUGAAAGCGACCUACACAAGCCAGCUUGCUUUCACCAAACCACAGGUCGAAAAUGGGAAUAUCGUUGGCGCUGCGACCGCUGUACAGUUAAACGUCGGCCAACAAACCAUCCUGACCAAGACCGGUAACGUUUUCAAGUUCUCUGGUCCUGUGGAAGGAACCGCCGGUUACGUGAAAGCUACCAAUGACGCUGGGGUGAAGGAGGACUUGGCAAUAGGCUUCAUGAGCCCUGGACAGUUGUUGCCUACACCGAUGCUGUACUUCAACGAAGUUGGAGACGACAGCAACGUUACCGCACAGUUCACUCCCAAACUGCGUGCCUACAUUACCUCAGAUUAUCAAGAGACCGAAAUCUUGAGAGGUGAAAUUCAGACCCCUAUGUUGUGGGAGAUGGAUCUCGCCAAACUUUCUGAGACCACCACCUGGAACCUCACGCGGGAUGCAAACACUGGACAUUACAAGAUCACCAAGGCGUGAGGAAGGAACUUUGGAAUUGGCGCACUGAAACAUCUGUUGUCUGAGUCGCUGGUCUUGUGGAAUGUCGCCCGUAUCUCGUGUGUUGGCUACGAAUUGUACAAUGUAUCGCGUUGAAUCAAGUUUUGCC